CCGGACACAGGCAACUAACUCCAAAGAAAGCUAGAGGGGAACAUGACCACCCUUUCUCCAGAAAACAGCCUCUCUGCAAGGCGGUCGGCCACCUUCAUCCUGGAGAAGAGAAACCCGCCCAUUGACAAGACAGAAUGGGACAGCUUCUUCGAUGAGAAUGGUCACUUGGCCAAAACUCGGGACUUCAUUUGUGUUAAUAUCCUGGAAAGGGGUCUACACCCCUUCGUGAGGACAGAAGCCUGGAAGUUCCUCACAGGCUACUACUCAUGGCAGAGUUCCCGGGAUGAGCGGCUCAUGGUGGACGCCAACAGGAGGAGAAACUACAAGGUCUUGUGUCAGAUGUAUGAGAAAAUCCGGCCCCUGCUGGAGAACUUGCACGGGAACUUCACAGAGACCCGGAACAACAUCGCAUAUGACAUCCAGAAACUCUACGACAAAGAUCCCCUGGGUAAUGUGCUUGUGGACAAGAAGAAACUAGAGAAGACCCUACUGCUGAGUUAUGUCUGCAACACAAAGGCUGAGUACCAGAGAGGCUUCCAUGAGAUGGUGAUGCUUUUCCAGUUGAUGGUGGAGCAUGACCACGAGACCUUCUGGCUCUUCCAGUUCUUCCUGCAGAAAACAGAGCACAGCUGUGUCAUCAACAUCGGCGUAGGCAAGAACCUGGAUAUGCUCAACAGUCUGAUUGCUUUACUGGACCCUGAAUUUGCUGAACACCUCAAAGGAAAGGGCUCAGGAGCUGUGCAGUCCCUCUUCCCCUGGUUCUGCCUCUGCUUCCAGCGUGCCUUCAAAUCCUUCGAUGACGUCUGGAGGCUUUGGGAGGUCCUGCUGACUGGGAAGCCCUGCAGGAAUUUCCAGGUGCUGGUGGCCUACAGCAUGCUACAGAUGGUGCGUGAGCAGGCGCUGCUGGAGAGCAUGAGUGGUGAUGCCAUCCUUCUGGCCUGCAACAACCUCAUCGACCUUGAUGCUGAUGAACUGAUCUCUGCUGCUUGCCUGGUUUAUGCUGAGCUCAUGCAAAAGGAGAUUCCUGGGCCAUUAAAGGAUUUCUUUCUCUGAGAAAACCGACACUCACAAUGGGUACAUGCCCUCAAUGGACUGGAUGAAGGCAAUUCUUCAGCCAUGGGGUCAAGAUCAAGUUCAUUGAGUACUGGGAUGAGGGCAUAAACAAUACAGCACCAUGGAAACAGCUUCUGGAGUAUUGGUUUGUGGUGGUCACAUGUCUUCUUUGACCUUGGAGUGCAUGAUGGUUGAGACAGUAUAGUAAGUGAGCAGACUGCUGUGAAGCUAUGGAGAAGGCACACUGGGACAGGACAGUGUGGGACAGUCACUCUUCCCAACUGAUAGGUCUUCAGAGGUCCACACCUGAAAGCAAAUGGGUAGGGGAGGACCAAUCCUGAAGUCCUCCCAGACAGUUGCCACAGACAAGAGUGAAUAUACAGAG